UGGAACCAGACCUAGACCCAGCAGAAACCCGGGCUCCAGCUCGCUGCAGCUGCUGCGCCGGUUUGCCAAGGUCUGGCCAUCUUGUUUUACAGCAUAAUCAACCAUGACUACAGAAUCGGGAUCAGACUCUGAAUCCAAGGAUCAAGAUCAAGACCAGCAAGAAGCCCCUGCUCAGCAAGGGACAGCUGGGGCACAACCUCAAGACCAGCAGCAGCAGCAGCUCAGUGAGGAACAUCAGAACGCGAUAGACCAGUUCUCUGCUGUGGCAGCACACAGUACGCCUGUGAAAAAAGAGCAGGUCACUGACAGAGAACGGGAGUUUGCUGCUGCUGCUGCAAAACAGCUGGAAUACCAGCAGUUUGAAGACGACAAGCUCUCUCAAAAAUCAUCAUCUAGCAAACUCUCCAGAUCUCCACUAAAGAUUGUUAAAAAGCCGAAAAACAUGCAGUGCAAAGUGACGCUCCUGGACGGCUCUGAAUAUGGAUGUGAAGUGGAGAAACGUUCCAGAGGUCAAAUAUUGUUUGACAAAGUAUGUGAACAUCUAAAUCUUUUGGAAAAGGACUACUUUGGGCUAACAUACAGAGACAUGGAAAACCAAAAGAACUGGUUGGACCCUGCAAAGGAAAUCAAAAAGCAGAUCCGAAGUGGUGCUUGGCAGUUCUCCUUUAAUGUGAAAUUUUACCCUCCAGAUCCUUCCCAGCUGUCUGAAGAUAUUACCAGGUACUACCUCUGCUUGCAGCUGAGAGAUGACAUAGUGUCUGGAAGGCUGCCUUGUUCUUUUGUUACUCUUGCUCUUUUGGGGUCCUAUACCGUUCAGUCGGAACUUGGAGAUUAUGAUCCUGAUGAGUAUGGAAGUGAUUAUGUCAGUGAAUUCCGGUUUGCACCAAAUCAUACUAAAGAACUGGAAGACAAAGUAAUCGAGCUGCACAAGAGCCACAGGGGAAUGACACCUGCAGAGGCUGAGAUGCAUUUCUUGGAGAAUGCCAAAAAACUAUCCAUGUAUGGAGUGGAUCUACAUCAUGCCAAGGAUUCUGAAGGAGUUGAAAUCAUGUUAGGGGUUUGUGCCAGUGGUCUCUUAAUAUAUCGAGACAGACUCAGGAUAAAUAGAUUUGCCUGGCCAAAGGUUCUGAAAAUUUCAUACAAGAGGAACAAUUUCUACAUCAAAAUCCGACCAGGAGAGUUUGAACAGUUUGAAAGCACUAUUGGGUUUAAGUUGCCAAAUCAUCGUGCUGCAAAGCGUUUAUGGAAAGUAUGUGUUGAACACCACACAUUUUUCAGGCUAUUGUUACCGGAGGCACCGCCAAAGAAAUUCCUUACACUGGGUUCCAAAUUCCGCUACAGUGGAAGAACACAAGCCCAAACCAGACGAGCCAGUGCACUAAUAGACCGUCCUGCACCUUACUUUGAGCGUUCUUCCAGCAAACGUUAUACUAUGUCUCGCAGUUUAGAUGGGGCAUCAGUGAAUGAAAACCAUGAAAUGUACAUGAAGGAUUCUAUGUCUGCUGCAGAGGUUGGUACUGGCCAGUACGCCACAACAAAGGGCAUCUCUCAAACCAACUUGAUAACCACUGUGACUCCAGAGAAAAAAGCAGAGGAAGAAAGAGAUGAGGAAGAGGGCAAAAAAAAAGGAGAGGAAAUCACUCCAGUCUCUGCAAUACGCCAUGACACAAAGACUGACAGUGAACAGACGGAUACCGCAGCUGAUGGUGAAACUACUGCCACAGAGUCGGAUCAAGAGGAAGAUGGAGAUCUCAAGGCACAGAAUAGUCUGAUUAAGCGAAUAAAGGGUGAAAAUGUGUAUGUCAAACAUAGUAAUCUUAUGUUAGAGGAGCUAGAUAAAAAUCAAGACGACCUGAUGAAACACCAGACCAAUAUAAGUGAACUGAAACGAACCUUCUUGGAAACCUCCACAGACACUACAGUGUCUAAUGAAUGGGAGAAGAGGCUUUCGACAUCUCCAGUUCGGCUUGCUACAAGACAGGAGGAAGCUCCUAUGAUUGAACCACUUGUGCCUGAAGAGACCAAAGAAGAAAAAGAAAAAUCUGAAAAACUUAUAUUUUUGCAGAAGGGAAGUACUACAUUCCUGGAGUCGCAGCCAAGAGAGAUAGAGAAGAAGCUGCAGGAAGGAGAAUCUGCUGGCACUGUUGUUACUUCUCAUCAAAUCAUUUUCCAGAAAAGUGUUCCAUCAUCCUUAGAGGGCACUGAGGAUUGGGUUAUUGUAGACAAAAUACCUACUGAGGUAGUUGAUGGUGAAUCGAAAAAAAUUGUGACAUACAAAGUAAUGACUGUGCGCAGUAAAACUGGUGACAUUCCACCUGAGAUAUUAAAAUCCAGUACCAUUGAAAUGCAAAGCUUUGAGGACUUGGAAAAUGAAAUACAAUCAAAAGAGGAGAAUAAACAGAAAAUGUACACCUUAGGAAAGUCCUAUGAUGCUGUAUCCGGGAAAAUUGUAACCAUGACAAGUAAAGCUAAAGAGGGAGAGAAAACAGUGCAGUCAUCACUAGAAGCGUUUCAAAAAAUGGAGAGGGGAAUGCCAGAAUCUGUGAAAAUCAUUCCAGUAGUGGCUGAAUAUGAAAUUCUAGAGCCCAUCACAGACGAAAAAGCCAGGAGGGGAUCCGAUGUACAGAGUACAAAAAGAAAGCUGUCCGAAUCUUUGACACCUAUAAAGGAAGCAGAGUCUCAGUUGCAUAGUCCUGAAGAGGAAAGUUUGAAGAAAGCACAAAAGAUGGACCAGGAUUUUCAUGGUGCACUGGGAAGCUUGCAGUUUGGCAGAGCUGAAAAACACCUUGACAGUGAAGCUCUGAAAGCAGGGGCAUUUGGUCGGAAAGAUAAGAGCCUGUCUGAGUGGAGAUAUUCCAGAGAACAGCCAUUUACCAUUGCUACUGCUCACUAUGUUUCUGAGUCGUCUGCAUCAAGAGUAGUGACUAAACAGUCCUCCAGUGAAAAAACCUUGGAUGGUUCAGAUAUCUUCAGUUUAUUAGAGUCUGCAAGAAAACCAACUGAGUUCAUAGGAGAGGUUACUUCUACUUCACAUAGCAGGGCUCAGAGAACGGAAACAAAGACCGGCCAGGAGAUAAGUGUCAGCGAAAUGAAGGAAGAGAUUCUGCCAUAUCAGGAUGCAGUGAAGAAGGUUGUGCAGGAGACUGUAUUGGUCGAGGAGAGAUAUGUGACGAAUGUGCAUGCAAGUGGGGAUGCUGUUAAAUUGGCUGGAGAUCAGCUGGAUGCUAUGGCACAGGCAGUAUCUGCUGUUGCUUCUAGUAUGAAAGGAAAGGAGGGUUCAGCUGUGACUGAGGGGGCUAAAGAGGAAAAAAGGGAGGAGGCUGAUAAAGCUGUAACCAAACGGGAAGAAAUUGCUGCUGCUGCUUCUCAUCAGCAAGAGGAGGAGCAGAGUGCAACAGUCCACGUUUCCGAUACAUUGGAAAGAAAACCUCAUGUUGAGCAGUCACCAGUUGUGAAGACUGAAACCAUCAGCUUUGGCAGUGUUUCUCCAGGUGGGGAGAAGCUUGAAAUGUCUACCAAGGAAGUUCCCAUAGUUCAUACAGAAACAAAAACCAUUACAUAUGAAUCAUCACAGGCAGAUUCUGGUGCUGACUCAGAGCCAGGUGUGUUGAUGAGUGCACAAACCAUCACAUCUGAAACUACCAGUACUACAACUACUACACAUAUCACGAAAACUGUGAAAGGAGGCAUUUCAGAGACAAGAAUUGAAAAACGAAUAGUCAUCACAGGAGAUGCCGAUAUUGACCAUGAUCAGGCGCUGGCUCAGGCAAUUAAAGAGGCCAAAGAGCAGCACCCUGACAUGUCAGUGACCAAAGUAGUGGUACAUAAAGAGACAGAAAUCACACCAGAAGAUGGGGAGGAUUGACCCACAGGAAUAAUUUAGCUUGCAUACGAAUCCAGUCAUGCACACCCUUAGGAAUACCAGAGCCUAUAUGGAGUCUCAGUUCUAACCUGACUGACUUGUAUCUGUCCAUGGAAAAUUUCAGUACCGAAGAAUUGAUCUUAAACGCUAAUAAAGACACUGGCAGAGAUA